UCCAUCAUAGAUAAAUUUGGUGGUGAUUCUACAUGCACCAGUUUUUGGCCUGAUCUAAGAAAUAUUUUAAAUGAUUUAAUUAGAGAUAAGGAAAUUUUCAUGGUUCUCAAUAAUGUUAAUGAUUCAGAAGUAUUGGAAGAGAUGAAUAACAUGAUCUUUAAAAACCUGGGUUAUGUCACUAAUAAUGUCUUAGUCACAACUAGGUAUGAAAGUGUCAUAACUCAUGAAAGCAUUUAUAAACAUAAGUUACCAUUAUUGUCCGAGGAGGAUGGUUGGGCCUUGAUGUGUAAAUUAUUAUUUAAUGAUGGUGAAAAGGGGAACAUGCAACACUUUGAACAAAUAGGUAAAAAGAUGGUGAACAAGUGUCAUGGCCUUCCACUUUCAAUCAAAACCAUUGCUAGGAUCCUAAAUGCUAAAGAGAAAAAUAUUAGUGAGUGGGAGAAUGUCCUAGAAAAUAUUAUUGUUUCUCUAGAACCCUCAGAAACACUACCUAAGGCCAUUUAUUUGUUCCCUUUUGAGAACUUGUCACCUUAUAUCAAGCAAUGCUUCAUCUUUUGUGCUUUCUUCCCCAAGGAUUACAUCUUAGAGAAAAACAUUGUGACCCAACAAUGGAUUGUUGUUGGGCUUGUAAAAAAGCCAUCAAUAUCAUUAAUAGCAGAAGAGAUGGGAGAGAAUAUUCUUAUGACAGAAGAUGUAGCAAAUGAUUACUACAUGGAACUACUUGAAAGCAAUAUUUUACAACCAGCCGCAGAAUGCCUUUAUUAUGAUGGUGAAGCCAUGUGUCGUAUGGAUAAAAAUUUGCACUCUUUUGGUAGACAUUUGGCUAAAAAUUAUGGCUAUUUUCAAGGUGAUGUAGAAACAUUGGGAAAAAUCUCAUCUUCCUCCUCAUCGUCUGAUUCGGCACCAAAACUACAUCAUUUGGUGAUUACAAAUCAUGCAUUGUUGGAUGUAUUUCCAAAUAUUGUGAAAAGACAGACAUCAGUGAGAACACUUAUCUUCACAAGCAAACUUGAAAUAAUCAAGCUACCCAAAGAUCUCUGCCAAAAGCUCAAGCUCUUGCGCAUUUUGGAUAUAAGCGGCUCUGAUUGUGAAGUCCUACCGAAAUCUCUAUUCAAGCUUGUGCACCUGCAUCACCUAAAUCUCUCAUGUUUGCCCAUCAAGACACUUCCAGAUACCUUAGGGAAUCUCAUCAAUCUACAAUACUUAAUCCUCAGGUACUGUGGAAGUCUACUAGACCUCCCUGAGGGCAUUACAAGAUUACAUAAGCUCAAGAGCAUCAACCUUCACCAAACACCACUGAUGGGCAUGCCAAUUGGGAUAAGUAAACUAUCUCAAUUGACUAGUCUCAUUGGAUUCGUGGCAAGUGACUCUACAAGUUUCUGUAGAUUGGAAGAAAUUCGCCGUCUUAAGGAGCUACGAACCAUCAACAUUGUGAAUUUGGAGGUUGUCGAUGUUCCUUAUAGCGAGAUAUUCCCUAUCCAUAUUCAUCUCACUGAUGUCACGUUAUCUUGUGGAGGAGAGGAUCAACUAUACGAAGAAGGCGAGAAGGAGAAAGUGCAAAAGUUCUUUGAAGUUCUCUCCCCUUGGUCCAAAUUAAUCCAACAUAUCAAGAUCAAUGGUUACUUUGGCCUAGAAUUCCCUCGAUGGAUCAUGAAUUUACCUUUCAAUAAAUUGAAAAGGCUUGACUUGCUUAAGUGUAAAUAUUGCAAGAAACUUCCACCAUUAUACCAGUUUCCUUUGUUGGAACACCUUCGAGUCGAAGAUGCAUGGUCCAUAAAGCACAUCAAAUUAGACAUUGAACCGUGGAGAAAUUUUCCUAGGUUGAGGUCAUUAAUACUGCAAGAUAUGCCAGAGUGGGAAGAGUGGACAUGGGAGCCCUCACAUCGAUCUCAUUUUGUAAUGCCUGUCUUGGAGUCACUAGAGAUCGUCAACUGUCCAAAGCUCAAGUCCCUUCCUCAAGGUCUUGCUUACCAUGCAAAAAGUUUGGCCACUCUGACAAUUUACAAAGCACACAGCCUUGAAAAAGUUGAGGGAUUCACAUCAGUAAAAAUCGCCACUUUUUUUAGCAACCACAGUCUCUACAUUAUUUCUGGUUUCCCAACAACUUGCAAUUUCGAGAUUGAUGAUUGUCCUAAGUUGGAUGUUACAUUGCUUCCACAAACAUCCUCUACAGACGCGUGCUAAAGACUCAUCCCUGUAAGGUGCAUUCAUCUUCUAAAUUCAAAAAUCUCCUCCAUGGGUGCAUUAGUGCAUAUUUUCUGUGCAGGUGGUUCAUCUUCUAAAUGUAAAAGGAUUCUGAAUCUAGUUAAUGAAAAACUCCUCCAUCAGUGCUCCAAGUAUCUCCUAUUGGCAUUGGCAUAUAUCUGGUUGUCUACAGACUCAUUACGUCUAGCUUCUAUGCUUUCUUUGUGAAUCACUGUAGGAGGAUCUUUAUGUUUAUAUUGAUUGCAAUAAAUUAU